AUGUUUAUGCCGAGCAGGUCGGUUGCGAUGGAGACGAGGCAUCGUCAGUCGGGCGAACUGAUGCAUCAUCCCCAUCCGCCGCAGCUCUACGAUGCCAGCUUUGCCCAUGCUGAGCUCGUGCCGCGACCAUACUCGGCAGACGAUAUGCAUGCGCAUCAUCAUCUAUACGCCCAGCGGUUACAGCAGCCGAUGAUGCAACCCGACUUGCUCGACUAUGACGCAUCGCAGGAUGCCAAUCGGAUGGCUUAUCAUGCGGCCGGGCUUGCGUAUACUACCCCUCUAGGGCAUGCAACACUCGACCUGGCAACGAGCUACGAUCCAAAUAUAUUGCCGCUCGCGUCGACAUCAUCAUCGAGUAACAUGAUAGCUGCUGCCUCAACUCGCUCUCCUAGUCCGCCUGCUCUGCCAGCGAUAACCAAAGGUCAAGCGUUUGUCGAGAAGCUCUACAACAUGGUAGCAGACACUAGCAUACAGAGCUUGAUCAGUUGGACAGAUGCUGGCGACGCGUUCACAGUGCACACGCCUACAACAUUCUCCAAAGAGGUUUUGCCACAAUACUACAAGCACAACAACUGGCAAAGUUUCGUCCGGCAACUCAACAUGUACGGCUUCCACAAAGUCAACGAAGUCUACAACGCCGAGAGUCGGUCAGCCGCCAAUCCACCUCAUUCGACAGGUUCACCCCUUGAUCGUGCAUGGAUGUUCCAGCACCCAUACUUUCGCCGAGACCGGAAAGACUGGCUUGGGCACAUCAAGCGAAAGCCAGUCAAGUCUGCCAGUGCCAACAAGAAGGCACUGGCAGACAGGUCACUGCCCAGUCAAAGCUCAUCCGGUACUCCGCGUCAGUAUGUAGAAGAUCUGGCCAGCUCGAGCAGCAUGGCAAUGUCGCACUACGGGCCGGAAUACCAACCGUACCAGCGAGCGCCUAGAGAACAUGCUGUCGAUCAUACAAGAGCAUAUCGACCUGCUCCACAACACACCUUACCACCCAUUCAGUACGGUGGGCAUGCACGCGCCCCCAUGGCGAUGGGCGGGCACCAAUCUCACUAUCCCAUCCUGCCGACGCCUACCGGCUACCCAGCCAAUGCGGCGCAUAUACUGCAAGAGCCGCAUCACGCUUCGUCUACUCCUAGAUUCGUAGAAAGCGCGAGGUCAUCUGGGAGUGAUCCUGCUGCUCGAGACGGGGACAGCCCAGCCAUGCAACGACUCGAAGCGAAAUUACAAGCGAUAGAGCAAGACGGUCAUAGAAAGCAUGAUCAAAUCGUCGCCAUACUCAACAUGAUGUCAGAAUUCAUGCACAACGUCAAAGAUCAGCUAGGCGACAAGCUACAGUCGGACUUGACUGCUCUGCAAAGUGCUGUGACGGAGAUGACAGAUGACUAUGGCUCACCACAGCAAAGCUCGGCACGAUCUGUGGAUGCUAUGCGAGACGAAGAAAGACGGCAUUACGAGGCCCGGUUAGAUGGGCAAGGCGACAGAGCCACAUCGCCAGCAAGAUCUCCGUUAGCAUCUCGACAGAGCAGUGCGCCUGUUCGGGAAGAGCCAAUCUUCGAAACGCGGGAUCAUCUCAAGCGAACACUGCACCCGGUCUCAAGCAUGUCAAGAGGCUCGUACCCCGAAAGCGAACAGUUUGACAAGCGUCAGCGCCAGCAAUAG